UAUGCAUCAGCUGCUUUACAUGUGUCUCUCUGUUUCAUCUCUUGAUGAGUAACGAUAGUAAAAACCUAUCUAUAUGCUGGCCGGCAGCAUCAGCUUACUAAUGGCGUGGUGGGGAAGGGUUCAGCUGUGAUUCCAUCCAGCAAGGAAGUCGCAUUUUUUAUUUAAAGGAGAGGAUAGCAUUGUGUUUAAAAUGGAAGUUGACAUAAAUGGAGAGUCCAGAACUACCAUAUCCACCCUCCCUGUGCCUCUUGCAGAGGUGACUCCUGCGGGCAGGAUGGAAGCAGAGAAGCCCCGCUGUUCCAGUACCCCCUGCUCACCAAUGCGACGGACAGUUGCAGGGUAUCAGAUCCUGCACAUGGAUUCUAACUACCUGGUUGGCUUCACAACUGGAGAGGAGCUGCUAAAAUUAGCCCAGAAGUGUACAGGAAAUGAAGAGAAUAAAGGGGAAUCUGGGCCGAACUUGCGCUCCAAACAGCUUGAUUCAGGACUUACACGUUCCUCCCGUUUGUACAAAACUAGAAGUAGGUACUAUCAGCCAUAUGAGAUCCCAGCAGUAAAUGGAAGGAGGAGGAGAAGGAUGCCGAGCUCAGGGGAUAAAUGCACUAAGGCUUUACCAUAUGAACCUUACAAAGCACUUCAUGGUCCCCUGCCUCUUUGCCUUUUAAAAGGUAAAAGGGCUCAUUCGAAAUCACUGGACUACCUCAAUUUAGACAAAAUGAGCAUUAAGGAACCUGCUGACACGGAAGUGCUACAAUACCAGCUCCAACACCUCACCCUCAGAGGGGACCGUAUGUUUGCAAGAAAUAGCACAUGAGCUAUCAUCAACUUGAAUUUAGAACCAAUUUCUGAUUAUUUCUGUUGCUGCAAAAAUCCACUAUUGUACUGUGUACAUGACUGUCCACAUUGUAGGUGGUUGUAUCAGCUAAAUGUUAUCAGAAAGUAAUUUAUUUGAAUAGAAUUUUGGCAGUGCAAUGUGUUUAAAAAUAUGUGGAGGGAGAAGUCUUUCCUGAGCAAACAGCUUCUGAUGCAAAUUUAACUUCAACUGGUGGAUAUUUCUUUGAACACCUUUUAACAAAAAAAAAACCAGCCCGCCUUUUGAUUUUGGGGUUUGGGAUAGGUUUUCUUUGUACAGUUAGAGCUAGUAUUUCCAGUAAUUUAACACUGAAAAAAUAGUCACGUCUGCUUGGUUGUUGCUAAUUUUGGCUUGAUGUUAGAAACUGCUCUUGGAAAAGUGCUUAAGUUUAGGAGGUUUUUUGGUUUGAUUUUCUGUUCUUGUACUCAACAGUAAUAGAAUAAUACAGUAAAACAUAUGUAUUCUUUAUUUUCAUAUCAAGGAGAGGAAAGUGAGCUUGGUUAAAUAAGAUCACUUAUGUUUAAACAGUUGAGUUCAAACAUUUUCAGACUGUACUUACAAUGGUGAUGAGGGUGAGAUUAACACAAAGCAAACCUUUGCUACUUGAUUCCUAUUAAACGAUUUAUUUUUUAUUUUUUUUUAAGUUUCUGCAUCGAAGUAAGUAUUUGGGUCAUUAACAUCAAGUCUUUUGGAGAGUGAAGAUUCUUUUUUGUAAGUGGGAUUUAUUUUUUACAUUGUCUUGGCACAAAAAAUGAUUCACUGCAGAUUGCAGUUAAACUGGAAUGUCUACUUUGGUAUGUCAGUAAUGGUUUUGAUUUUUAAAUUUGUGAUUUCAGUAUCAUGCAUAGUAACAGGAGCUGUCAAACAACUUCAGCAUUGCUUUGAAAGUGCAGUUGAUUUGAAGCACUGAAUACUUGAGAUCUGGAAAGCCAAUUUUGAUUUACUUUUUUUUUUUUUUUUUUUUUGGAUGGAGUGCAGGUUCAGCAUUGAAGAGAUAAUCCUGGAUUAUUCAACGGAGUAGAUUAGAUUGAAUAUACUGGCUUACUUUUGUUACUUAUGAAUUUUUUAUCCAAUCAUGAUGUAAAAUGCAGUUUGGCAGCUGUAUUCUUAGAUGUAUUUAAAACAUCUUAGUAACUUUAAAAAGGAACAGUAGUUUUUAGAGGGGUUUUUAAUUUUAGAUGCAAUCUUUUACUUGAAUCCAUGUGCAACUUUUGGCUGAUGACCUCUGCAGAAGUAGCUUAAAAAUAAGAUCACAUUGUUGGAAACAUAAAUUAUUUGAUUAAUUGUUUCUGGUAGAAUUAAUAUUUGUUUAUUUAUUGUUCAGAAUGAAUAGAAAGCACUACUUAGUGCAUGCACUGUGGAGUUCUCAUUCUGUCACUCCACAGUUGGUGAAUGAAGGCAGCCCAGUAGUCUGCAUUUUGCUGGUUUGGUUAUCUUUUUUUUUAAAGUUUAUUAGAAUCAUUGCAACAAACCGAUGUGUAUUUUUAAAAGCUAACUACACCAGUGUAAACUUAAUGUAUUGAACAAUGAUCUUGAAAGUAAAAUCUUCUUAUAUAGUCUUUAGUUUGAAAACCAGAUUAUGGUCAGAUGCCAAAGAGAUGGGGAUUUUCUUUAAGGAAUAAACACCAAUGUUUAUUGAAAUACCCUAUGAAACUGUAUUUCUGGCUGAAAAAUAAAAAGGGUGGUAUAAA